CCGGGUCUGGGGGUCCUGGGGGAACCGGGGGCGUCCCCACGGCGGGAGGCUCCCGGAGGUGGAGCUCGCCCAGAGGAGGCGGCGGGCUGGGCGCCGGGGACCCAGGUGUCAGAUCGCGGGGCGCCGGGGCCGCAGAUCCCCACGUGGGGACCGCGCAGGCUCCCCGAGGGGCGGGCCCCCAGACCCGGGAGCGCGGGGCUGGCUCUGGUCCCCGCCCGCCUCGUGGCAGCUGGGCCCGGUCCGGCGCCCGCCGUGCUCCCGGGUCCCGCCCGCCGGCGCAGCCGCCCGAGGAGGGCGGGCCGCAUCCAGAGCCGCCGCGGCCGCCAGCACCCCCGGGGGAGGACCGCCCGCCCCGGGGCUCCCUGGGGGGCCGAUCCGGGGAGCCCCCGCCCGCCUCCCGGAGCAGCGGGGGGAAGGGGAUCUUUGCCCGCCGCCGCCUCCGAGCGGGCCACCAGGGCUCAGGAGGUACGUCGCUUGAAGGUCCUUGCUCCUCAGUGAAGUCUGGCUGCCCUCCUUGUGUGAGGGGCCCCCCCAGCUCCAGAGGUCCCCCAUCUCCGCAUUCCCGAAGAGGGCCCACCCGCUACACUCUGGCCUCCGGCGGCCGGCGAUGGGCGCGCGGCCCUCGCGGCGGCGGCUGCCCGCGGACCCGCCGCUAGCCUUGGACGCGCUGCCCCCGGAGCUGCUCGUGCAGGUGCUGAGCCACGUGCCGCCGCGCGCGUUAGUGCUGCGCUGCCGCCCGGUGUGCCGCGCGUGGCGCGACGUGGUGGACGGGCCCACCGUGUGGCUGCUGCAGCUGGCCCGCGACCGCAGCGCCGAGGGCCGCGCCCUGUACGCGGCGGCCCAGCGCUGCCCGCCCCACGGCGAGGACGAGGAGGAGUUCCCGCUCUGCGCCCUGGCGCGCUACUGCCUGCGCGCGCCCCUCGGCCGCAACCUCAUCUUCAACUCCUGCGGAGAGCAGGGCUUUAGAGGCUGGGAGGUGGAGCACGGCGGGAACGGCUGGGCCGUGGAAAAGAACCUCACACGGGUGCCGGGGGCGCCUUCCCAGACCUGUUUCGUGACUUCUUUCGAAUGGUGCUUCAAGAGACAGCUUGUGGACUUGGUCAUGGAGGGGGUGUGGCAGGAGCUGCUGGACAGCGCCCAGAUCGAGAUCUGUGUGGCCGACUGGUGGGGCGCCCGAGAGAACUGCGGCUGCGUCUACCGGCUGCGGGUCCGCCUCCUGGACGUGUACGAGAACGAAGUGGUCAAGUUCUCGGCCUCGCCCAACCCUGUCCUUCAGUGGACGGAGCCAGGCUGCCGGCAGGUCUCCCAUGUCUUCACCAACUUCGGCAAGGGCAUCCGCUACGUGUCCUUUGAGCAGUACGGGAGGGACACGCGUUCCUGGGUGGGGCACUACGGCGCCCUGGUGACCCACUCCAGCGUGCGGGUCAGGAUCCGCCUGUCCUAGCGCACCGGCCUGCGUGCCUUGCGGGAAGCACUGCCCUCCGCCAGACACCGUCUUCCACCCAGGGUGGCUGGCAGCCGGGAGCCCGAGGACGCCCGCGGACAGCGGGCUCCCACGUGGCCUCCAGGGAACACCACUUGCUGCUGCUUCAGCACGGGGCCCACACAUUGUACGCAAAGCCAGGGAUGCAGCCAGGCUGCUCACGGCUCCCCCGGUGGGGGGCGGAGGGUACCUCGGAGGCGGUUCCUUUGCCUGCAAACUGUUUACCCACAUGGGGCUGUCAGUGGGUAGACAGAGCCAAAUCAAAGGCCAAACCAGGAUUUCUAAUGGGGGAGGAAGCUGCCGACAAUCUGGGCCAGUGGCUCCUGUCGGCGUGUUUUUGGGGUAAGCUGAUGGCUGGCAGGGAGCAGAGGUGAAUCUGUCAGUCUGCCCUUAAGGGGACCACCAGGGACAUCAAAGGAUCCCUUUCUGUUGUUUCCAGGAGUCUCGGAUUCAGCUGUGGGGCCCCUGCAACCUCCACCAGCACUGCCCAUCAGCAUACCCUGUUAGGCCAGGCUGGAGCUGUUCCCUUCAGAAUUCCUGAGGCCGAGGACCCCAACCCCUGCCCCGCCUCAGGGCAGCACACUCCGCUCCUCCACACCCCGUCCUCCAGGAGCAGGGCGUGCCCGGCGGGGAGCUCCCACUCCCUACCCCGCUCAGCUCAGCCAGCAAACUAGCUCAAUAAAACUGGUGCUCGGUGUGAGGUGAGGGGGGAUUUUUGUCUGUCAUUGGUGUUCUUUCUAGCCCAGCUCUGAUCCUGCAAGGCCUGGUGGGAAGAUCCCACUAGUGAGAACUUCAGGAGGUGUGUGAAGUGGCAUGCAGCAAAUGGAGGCGGCUUUGAGAACCCAGAGAGGCCACAAGGACGCACGGGACAGCUCCCACGCGGCUCCCAGCUGUUCUCCCAAUGGCUCUUACCCAGGCACCCUUAUCAAUGCCACUUAGGCCAGGAGGAAACAGGCUCGGAGUUCAAAUGACCUGCCCAAGGUCACCCAGCCCGGAAGUGGGGGGGGGGCUGCCCGGCCUGCAGGAAAGGGAACAGCCUCAGUGCCACACCCCUGACUCCAGAGCUUAGAACAGUAGCCAC